GUAGAUUUGAAAAGUCGAUGAUCGUGGUAUUUUUAUGUGACUCUUCUUAAAAAUUUCUCAGUUUAAGUUAGAGCGUUGGCACAUACGGUUCGUUAAUUUUCUGUUUUUUCGUUCAGUGCAAUAUAUAUUUUUAAAAUUUGUUACAUUCCUUAGAAAAAAAUUAACUAAAAAGUCAUGUUCAAAUCCGUGCUUAUUGUGUCGUGCCUUUUAGUGGCUGGCGUACGCAGUCAGGAUCUUAAAGUUGAUGUCGUCAGUGUACCAGAAGUUUGUGAUCAAAAAUCUAAAGCUGGUGAUACACUUACCAUGCACUAUACUGGUACUUUAACUGAUGGCAAAAAAUUCGAUUCUAGUUUGGAUCGUGAUCAACCUUUUACUUUCCAAUUGGGUGCUGGUCAGGUUAUCAAAGGCUGGGAUCAAGGUUUAGUUGAUAUGUGUGUGGGUGAAAAACGUAAAUUGACCAUCCCCCCAGAGUUGGGUUAUGGUGAUCGUGGUGCCGGUAAUGUUAUUCCUCCCAAAGCUACUUUGAUCUUUGAUGUUGAACUCAUCAACAUUAGCAACAGCCCACCAACCACCAAUGUUUUCAAGGAAAUCGAUGGAAAUGGUGAUAAGCAAUUGAGCCGCGAAGAGGUCAGUGAAUAUUUGAAGAAACAAAUGACUGCCGUUGAAGGCCAAGAUUCUGAGGAAUUGAAGAAUAUGCUUAAGGAAAAUGAUAAAUUGGUUGAAGAAAUUUUCCAACAUGAAGACAAAGACAAAAAUGGUUUCAUUUCACAUGACGAAUUCUCCGGCCCCAAACACGAUGAACUGUAAAAUUUGUUAACUAUAAAUAAUUCCAUCUCUAACUUAAUUUAAUUAAUUAAUUAAUUAAUUAACUAUACUCUUUUUGCCGCCUUUAUUAAUUUUCAUGUUUGUUUUUAUUUUAAGUUAUUAUUGUAAAGAAGUUAACAUUAUCCAUUCAACAAAAAUACAUACAUACACACAAUACAACAAUUAUAAUUGUACGCUUUGCUACUCUUUUCCAGAGUAGAUUAAAAUAUUUCAUAUAAAAAUUUGUUAUCUAUCACCUUUUUCUUCUUAUUGCUUUUUUGUUAAAACAAUUUUUCUUCUAAAAAAAAAAAACAAACAAAAAAUAACCAACUUGCGUGCUAAGAUCGAUCAUAUUAUAAAUUUAAGUUGUUAAAUCAAAUCUAGCUUAAAAUAUUAUAAAAUUAUAUAUUUUGUAAAAAAUGGUAGAAGAAAAAUUAAAAAUAAUUGAAAAAAAUAAAAGAGAAUUUUGAUAGUAAUAUUAAAGCGUUGGAAAGAAAGACAAUGUUUAUACCCAACAUAAAUAAAAAAAUAUGUAUAUUAAAUUAUAAGUUACAAUUUUUGUAUUGAAAAAUUUCAACAAAACACUUUUGUAAGAAAAUAAAGUAAUUUAUUUAAACAAAAA